AUGUCGAUACUGGUUGGAAGUCAAAGCAAUUAUUUCUUAUUCAGAUCUAUCAAUAAAUACAGUUCAUUAACCUCUAAAGAUAAAGCUACGAUACGGUAUACUGAACGGUACCAUGGACUCAGAUAUGAGAAGGGUUACGUGGACUAUAGUUUACUUGAUGAAAUGCUCAGGAGUCAUUUAGCUGAUUUGGAUAUGGUAUACGUAAAACGACAGUGCAAACGUCAAUUUUUAAUCGAUAGAUUAAAUGAUAUGCAAAUUACUAAGCCCAAUAUUAUCAAUGUUGAAGAUUGUGAUUCGCGUUUCAAACACCAACACCACCACCACCACCACCACAAAAUGUGA